AUGGAAAAAGGAGUAGAAAAGAAGAAAGAUAGAGGUGUAAACUUAAAGAACUAUAUUGGCGACAUGGUAAGGCAGAACAAAAAGAUUGACGAUGUACAGAACAACAAUAAGUAAGUUAAGGGUUUAGUUGUGUUAUUUUAAUUUUAGACUGAAAUAUCAAGACAAAGUGGACACUCCGAAGGAGCAGGCGACAGAAGUGGUGAUAAAGUAGGCUUUUAAUUAUUUAUUAGUGGUGAUUAAGGCUAAAGUUAAGGUUUAUAGAAGUUUUAACAGUGAUACGAUUAUAUAAGCAGAUCUAAUUUAUAUAAAAUUAUUAUAAUUAGAAAUGAUUAAUGAAGUGUUUUAGACUACCAAUACCAACGAGCAGCAAGCAAGACGAAGUAGAGGAAGAAAGUAUUCAGCUAGUGUACACGUAAGUCUUCCAAGAUUUUGGUUUUUAAUCAGCUGCAGCUUCUUUAUGUCGUUAAAUGAUAAGGAAUUGUAACGUCAUGAAGGCGUUGAUAUUAUAUUAAUAUUUUAAAAUAUUUCAUAUAAAAUUUGAAGUUAAAAACUUUAAGAGUAAUAACUUAAUGUAUAAAAAUACUGAAGAUUAAUUUUAGAAGUAAAAAUGACGAGAAGGCCAAACUAAAGGCCAAGGGGGAAGAAUCGGCCAAGAAGUUACGAAGACAGAUAAGGACACCUAUCAAAUAUGAUAUUGAGGAUGAUGAUACGAAUGCUAAACGGAAGAGGGAGAACGAAGAUGACUGGGCAUAUGUAGGUUAACACUUUUAAACUUUUUUUAUGCUUAAAAAUGUUAUUUUUGUUUUUAAGUCUCAUGAACCUUACUUUUAUUUAUUGAAAGUCUUACAAAACUUAGUUUUGUAGCUUUGUUUACUUGAUUUUUGAUGAAUUGCCGGGAUUAUGACUUGUGCUUUUGAAGUUUUGCAUGUUAUAGUUAAUAUAAUGAAGAAAUAGGUAUAGAUUGAUCAUUAUACUCAGUCAAAACAAGUAAAUAGAGUAGUAACGUUGUGUGGGAGUACUUAGUUUGCAGUAGUAUUGUUAGGUGAAAGUCAGUGAUAACACCAUUUGUAUGCUUUUUUGCAAAACGGUAUUCAAAUGUAAUCAGUGAUAAGAGCUGUUGUUUGUCCUUCUAUUUACUACGUCAAUUUUUAUUGUUUGUGCGAGAUUAAGACGACCUUCGGGAUUAGCGAGUCUUCUUCCCUGAAUAUUAUGAAUACCGUUAGUUGUUUUUGUGCGUUUCCUGCGGUGACAUUAUUCUGUUCUCUGACUAAUAUGACUUGAGAUUGUGAGAACGAUCUGGUCGGCGGAAUGUUUUUGUUGUAUAACUGCUUUUCCGGUUUCUUUGAGGUGAGUCGAGGAACUUAAGUUAAGGUUGAUAUUGUGAUUAUAAGUGAUAUUUAUGAGUGGCUUUAACGAUAAUCUUUAUAUCAGUUUUUGUAAUAUUUUUAGAUUUUAAAGUAAUUUAGUUCCUUUUUAAGCUUCAAGCAGUUACCUAUUUUCAGUUAAAGAAGCGAAGGUGCAAUGACAGUCCUCGGAAGUAUGACAACCUCAGCUCACAAUCACUAAGUACCUCGUCAUUACGGAGGUCUUCAUCGAUCAAAUCCAAUGGACGAUAUGACUUCCCUCCAGUCUACAGAAACAAAGAUGGAGACUAUUUUGUAGCUUUCUUCACCAACAGAUACGUCUUCAGUAACCACUUCAGAUGUCCGAACAAGAUCAAGCUAAAAGGCAAGUUUCUGGACUAUAAUAUUACUUUAAUGUUCAGAUAAAAACUAUCCAACAUCAGAGCAUUACUACAUGUACAAGAAGGCCAAGUUUCAUGGCGACGACGAUGCUGCAGACGAUAUUCUAGCUGAGGAAUGCCCGAAGGCAGCGAAACGAAUCACAGCCGGCUUCAGGGACUUUGAUUCCAAGAAGUGGAACGAAAAGUCUGUCGAUGUAAGUUUGAAUUGACAUUGUUAGAGUGUAGAUAGUGUAAUAGUCGAGAACUAACUUUUAAAUAUCGAUUACAUGAAUAACUGUUGUAGAUAAUGAGAAGAGCAGUCAUGGCCAAGUUCGACCAGAACAAGGAACUGCGACAUGAACUGUUCAAAACAGGAAACGCGACGCUGGUCGAAGCUUCUCCGAUGGACUGUCGCUGGGGUGUUGGACUAGGCAUGGAGAACCACGACGUAGCCAACCAGGCCAAGUGGAGGGGUCAGAACUUGCUGGGCCAAGUUUUGAUGGGUGUGAGAACAUCGCUGGCAGCUCAAUACCCAGAUGAAUUCGAAAGCACGAAGCCUGCGGCCGAACGCAUCAUGAAACAAGCAAUAAACGUGUGA